CAUCUCUAACCCUGGGCAUAAACUCUGAUUCUUCUCAUACUGGCAUGCUGACAAAGAAGUCGCAGCUACUUUAAAAAAAAGUUUCUAAAAACUUCUAGGAUAUUAAGAUGCCUCGAUCUUUCCUGGUGAAAAAACACCUCAGUCACAAGAAGCCAGAUUAUGGCACAUUGGAUUCACAGAGUGGUGAUCCUCACACACAAAUGAUCCCUGUGCUGUCUUCGAGCUCUGAACUCACCUCUUCUUAUCCUGAUGAAAGUUUUAUUCCUGGGCCAUGCCUAUUGAACCAAGCCAUAAGGUCAGCGUCACAGACGAGCUCCAUUUGUGCCGUGAUUGAACCGCAGCCUUUACAGACCUCCAGACUGCUUUCAGAAGGACACGCUUGCAUCCGACCUGUGAAUCCAAGCCCUCUGCGAGCCUGUGAGCCCGCGGCACCACAGCGUGAUCAGAACAACAGAGCAUUGCUGGACAGGGUGGUGUCUGAUGUUACCAUUUCCCUGUUAGGUCUUGCUUCAAAGGGCAACAUCCAGGAGCACUUUGAGUGUUUUGACUGUCAUAAAACCUACUUCACCUUCUCUGGCCUGGCCAAACACAGACAGCUUCAGUGUGAGUGGCCGUGUCAGAAAUACUUCAGCUGCAAGUACUGCGACAAGGAGUAUGUGAGUCUUGGCGCUCUGAAGAUGCACAUCCGCACACAUACACUGCCAUGUGUGUGUAAGCUGUGUGGCAAAGCCUUCUCCAGGCCCUGGCUGCUUCAGGGACACAUACGCACACACACAGGUGAGAAGCCAUUCUCAUGUCCUCACUGCAGCCGAGCAUUUGCUGAUCGCUCGAACCUGCGCGCUCACCUGCAGACACACUCCGAAGUUAAGAAGUAUCAGUGUAGGACCUGCUCAAAGACAUUCUCCAGAAUCUCACUUCUGUCCAAACACGAAGAGGCUGGCUGUUGCCUGACAUCCUGAAGGUCAAGCAUUACCUUCUAUCAUCACACCAUGACACUUGAGGCCCUGGUUUCUCUCAGGUUACCUGAGCACUGUGAUGUUUAUAUAUGAGAGGAAACUGGGAGUCUGCACUGUUCUAACUCAUUUUGGAAACACUGUUUCUUUAAGGUUUGUAUAUUUGUAAGUGUUUAUGUUAAGCAACUUGCAUGAACUGCAGGGAUCUUCUGUUCAAGAUUUUCUAUAG